AUGGAGUCAGCAUCGCACACUAUUUUGCUUAUUCAGCCUGUCUCACGCGUUGAGUCACGAACGUGGUCUGAUUAUGAAACAACCGUUGAUUGCAUGGAAGGAAUAUGCAAGAUUUUCGAGGAACAUUUGAAAAAGUUGAAUCCCAACUCUGCAUCAAUUACGUAUGAUGUGCAGAAUUUGUUCGAAUUCAUUGAUCGCCUCUCCGAUUUAUCAUGCUUGGUUUGGGAUAACACGGUUAAAUCUUAUCUUCCACACAAUAAGGAUUGGAUAAAAGAACAGAUCUACAUAUUGCUUCGAAGGCAAGCUGCUAAAUGA